AGCCAGGAAUGCGCUUCCGGAGGCGCAGGAGGAGCCCAGCGGCCCAGGCCCCGCCGCUCGAGAGAGAAGAAGAGAGAGACGAGAGAGGGAGGCUGGCGGGGGAGCGGAGCCCAAGGAGAGCCCUCCUGCUGCCCUGCCCACCUUCAGCAGCCCCCUGAGGAGGCAAAGCCAGCUCCCUUGGAGAGGGAAAGGAAGGAAGGAAGGAAGGAAGGAAGGAAGGAAGGAAGAAAAAAAGAAAGAAAGAAGCGUGUGGGGGUUCUUCCCCUCGACCACCUUCGCCCCCAGCCAUGGGCCAGAUAAAGUUUCUCAUCUGUAUUGGAUUAUUAAACUGCCUCAUAAUCUGUGGAUUUUCCCAACAAGGUGGGAAUGCCUGUAUAACAGCUAAUGCAAAAUCAUGUGCAGAUUGUAUACAAGCUGGACCAAAUUGUGGAUGGUGCAAGAAUAUAACAUUCUUACAAGAAGGAGAAUCAACUUCAGCACGAUGUGAUGAUUUGGAAGUUUUAAAAACAAAGGGCUGUCCUCCUGAUGAAAUAGAAAAUCCCAGAGGCUCUCAAGAGAUGCUGAAAAACAAAGAAGUAACAAAUCGUGUCAAAGGAGCUGCUGAGAGUCUUAGACCAGAAGACAUUACCCAGAUUCAGCCACAGCAAGUACGGUUAAAGCUACGGAUAGGGGAACCUCAGACAUUCUCACUAAAGUUUAAGAGAGCUGAAGAUUAUCCUAUUGACCUAUAUUACCUUAUGGAUCUUUCUUACUCCAUGAAAGAUGACUUAGAAAAUGUCAAAAGUCUUGGAACUUCUCUAAUGAGCAAAAUGAAGAACAUUACUUCAGAUUUUCGAAUUGGUUUUGGGUCUUUUGUUGAAAAAACUGUAAUGCCUUAUAUCAGUACCACACCUGCCAAGAUCAGGAACCCUUGCACAGGUGACCUUAAUUGUACAAGUCCUUUCAGCUACAGAAAUGUACUCAAUUUCACCAGCAAUGGAAGCCUCUUCAAUACACUUGUAGGUGAUCAACAAAUUUCUGGCAAUUUGGAUUCUCCAGAAGGUGGAUUUGAUGCAAUAAUGCAGGUUGCUGUUUGUGGUUCAAAAAUUGGAUGGAGAAAUGUCACCCGACUGUUGGUUUUUUCCACGGAUGCUGGAUUCCAUUUUGCUGGAGAUGGGAAACUUGGAGGAAUUGUUUUACCAAAUGAUGGACAAUGCCAUUUAGAUGAUAAUAUGUACACAAUGAGCCAUUAUUAUGAUUAUCCCUCCAUUGCUCACCUGGUUCAGAAGCUAAGUGACAAUAAUAUUCAGAUCAUAUUUGCUGUUACCCAAGAAUUUCAACCUGUUUACAAGGAGUUGAAGAAUUUGAUUCCAAAGUCUGCUGUGGGGACACUCUCUUCAAACUCCAGUAACGUGAUCCAGCUGAUUAUUGAUGCAUACAAUUCACUGUCUUCAGAAGUUAUUUUGGAAAACAACAAGCUGCCAAAAGAAGUCUCAAUUGAAUAUAAAUCUUUCUGCAAAAAUGGAGUGAAUGGUACAGGGGAUGAAGGAAGAAAGUGCUCCAACAUUUCAAUUGGAGAUGAGGUUAGGUUUGAGAUUAAAGUAACAGCCAGCCAGUGUCCAGAAAAAGGGCAAAGCGAAACCAUUAAAAUCAAGCCACUAGGUUUUACUGAAGAGGUAGAAAUUAAUUUGGAGUUCAUCUGUGAAUGUGACUGUCACAAAGAAGGAAUUUCUGACAGUGACCUUUGCCACUAUGGAAAUGGAACAUUUGAAUGUGGUGCUUGCAGAUGUAAACCAGGACGCAUUGGGAAACACUGUGAAUGCAGCAUAGAAGAAGUGAACAGUGAAGACAUGUCAGGCACCUGCAGAGCAACAAACAGUUCAGAAAUAUGCAGUAACAAUGGAGAAUGUAUUUGUGGACAGUGUGUCUGCAAGAAAAGAGAGAAUCCAAAUGAAGUCUACUCUGGCCAGUUUUGCCAGUGUGAUAACUUCAACUGUGAUCGAUCUGAUGGUUUGAUUUGUGGAGGACAUGGUGAAUGUAAAUGUCGUGAGUGUGACUGCUGGGCCAAUUACACAGGCUCUGCAUGCGAAUGCCCUCUGGAUACUACUCCAUGUGAAGCUGCCAAUGGUCAAAUCUGCAAUGGCAGAGGAAUCUGUGAGUGUGGAGUCUGCAAUUGCACAGAUUCCAAAUUUCAGGGACCGACCUGUGAGUUGUGUCAGACCUGUCUGGGAGUGUGUGCAGAGCACAAGGAUUGUGUCCAGUGCAAAGCUUUUAACAAAGGAGAAAAGAAAGACCGUUGUGAGGAAGAGUGUUCACAUUUUACCUUGACGCUGGUAGAUCGUAGAGAAAAGUUGCCACAACCUGGGCAGUAUGAUGCCCUGACUCAUUGCAAGGAGAAGGAUAUCGAUGACUGCUGGUUUUAUUUCACAUACUCAGUUGACUCAAACAACAAAGCCAUCGUCCACGUGGUGAAGACACCAGAAUGUCCAACAGGUCCUGACAUCAUUCCUAUUGUUGCUGGUGUAGUUGCUGGAAUUGUUCUUAUAGGUCUUGCACUUCUGUUGAUUUGGAAGCUGCUUAUGAUCAUUCAUGACAGAAGAGAAUUUGCAAAAUUUGAAAAGGAGAAGAUGAAUGCAAAAUGGGAUACGCAAGAAAAUCCAAUAUACAAGAGCCCUAUUAACAAUUUCAAGAAUCCAAACUAUGGACGUAAAGCUGGUCUCUAAGUUUCCGGUGAAAAUCCUAUAUACAAGAGUGCAGUGACAACUGUAGUGAAUCCAAAAUAUGAGGGAAAAUGAAAACUGCUUUUUUAACUUCACAACACUGUAUGCAAUGUAGCAAUUUUGUAGUCACAGUAACUUAGCUUUAGGGCAAUACUGCAAUGAAUUUACUAAUUCAUUACCUUACAUAAAGGUUUGUUUCCUAUGCAGAUUUUAAAAAUGUACAGUAUGCUUUUUUUAUUUUGAAGUUUUUUUUCUUUUGGUUUUUGCAAUAAACAAUGCCAGGGGACUGACAGAAAACUUGAGACUGCGUAGCCUACUCAGCUAAGGUCACAUGGUGCCUUUUUGACCCUUUUUCUCCUGUAUCCGGAGUGAAAUGGCUAAAGCAAUCAGUGUGGGGGGCUCUGUCUAGCCAUUAAGUAUUAAAGUUAGAUGGGUUUUAACUUUAAAGGCACAUCAGGGCUUGGUUUGCACAGCUAAAGUGCAAUCCAAAUAAUUCUUUGUGAACUACAAAACUUUAGCUUGUGCAUAAUGAAUGGAAGAGUUAACCUUAUUGGGUACAUUUAUUACAAGAUGGAAAUCAUGCUGUAAAUUUAUCAAUUUAAUUGUCACUUUAAAAGACAAUUUAAUAUGUGCAUAUGCAUUUUAAUUUCUCAAAAGUUGCAUAUAAAAAUAGAAAGCGUAAAAUCCAAACAGAUCCAAAACAGUAGCUUUAAUGUUAUGCCAUCUUUUUUUUCAUGCUGUUGCUGCACAGUAACCUAAGAAUGCCGCCUUUGUAAAUUCCAAGUCCUGGCCUUAGAAAUGAAAAGUAGUCUGCUGAGACUAUCUUCUAAACAUGUUAGGGCCUUAACUCAUUAAUGGGUUUGUUUAAUUUUCUUACUUGGGUUAAAGCCUGGUGCUUUGUCACCUUUUUCUUUAAUGUGUUUUGUUUUAAUUUUGUGUAAGAUUAUUGUUGUCAAAAACAACUUGAUUUUUUUUCAUAGCCUUGGUUGUAGAUUUAAAGUGGGUAGCUAAGACUGCAUCAUUGUCAUGUACUAUGACUGUCAGAUAUAAUUGUUUCUGCCAUGUAUAUUUGCCUCUGACCAUUUUAUCAUCUGUUCAAUACUAGCCACAUUGUUAUUUUAAGUGCCUUUUAUUUUAACAAAUGUUCACUUUUUACAGUGCUGUCAUGGAAGUUAUUUAUUAAAUAAAUUUUUUAAACAUCAGA